AUGCCGGUAUACCACGUCGUGCUUUUCCGCCUUAAGCCGGACGUGACUCAGUCGCAAAUCGCAGUAUGGUCGCAGAUGGCUAAGGAUAUGGUCGGCAAGAUUCCAGGUCUCGUCUCAUUGGAGGCUGGCCAGCCUCUGUCGAUUUGCAUUCCCCGCGCUCGUGGCUUUGAUAUGGGACUCGUGGCUGUCUUGGAGAAGGCCGAGGACGUUGCAACUUAUGCCGUGCAUCCGGCUCACUUGGAAGUUCAUAAAAUGAGGGAAGAGCUAUGUGACGACACUUUGGCUUAUGACUUGGAGUUUUGA